AUGACUCAGCUAUCCAUUAUCCACCAUGCCUCAGCCAUCCAUUAUUCCACCAUGACUCAGCUAUCCAUUACUCCACCAUGCCCUCAGCUAUCCAUUAAUCCACCAUUACCCAUACCUCAGCUAUCCAUUAAUCCACCAUACCUCAGCUAUCCAUUACUCCACCAUGCCUCAGCUAUCCAUUACCUCCACCAUGCCUCAGCUAUUUUCCUUUACUCCACCAUAACCCAGGUAUCCAUUACUCCACCAUGCCUCAGCUAUCCAUUACCCACCAUGACCUCAGCUAUCCACAUACUCCACCAUACCUCAGCUAUCCAUUACUCCACCAUGGCUCAGCUAUCCACCAUUAUGCCUCAGGCAUCCACAUUACUCCACCAUGCCUCAGCCAUCCAUUACUCCACCAUGCCUCAGCCAUCCAUUAAUCCACCAUGCCCCCAGCUAUCCAUUACUCCACCAUGA